GGAUGUUGCUAGUCAACGGAAUGGAUUCGUUCUUGUGUCUCCUGUUUGUCGCCACGCUUGAACAGAAAAUGCGUGAGAACAGAAGGAUAGUUGUGUCUCCGUGACAGGAGAACACACAAGGAACAGUGAAGGACUGGGCAACAUAAGCUUUAUUCAUUACAGUGGGUACAAGUUGAAGAAAUCUCCCCAAGACCAUGGUCCCAAUACCUGCAUUUGUUUUCCUGGACAAGCAAUUAAAAAUUUCUAUGUGACACUUUUUUGGCCCAUCUUUGUGAGAGUGCUGCAUGUAGAAAUGGUGCAAAUGGAUGGAACGAGCAGCCUCAACUCUGCCUAUAUACCAGUUCCCCUCGACAGCCACACUUCAUCAGAGGAUGAGGAGAGUGAUGAUCAGACCCUGGCCAUACGCUACUCUCCCGAUGACCGCUGCUGUUUGGUCUACAUCAUCUUCUUCCUGAUGGGCAUUGGCUCUCUGCUGCCAUGGAACUUCUUCAUCACGGCCAAAAGCUACUGGCUUUACAAAAUGAGCAACAGCACUGAGGAGCAACGAUCUGACCUCAGUGACUACUUUGAAAGCUACCUCACAUUUGCCUCCACGGUGCCCUCAGUGCUGUGUUUGAUUCUCAACUACAUCUUCGUUAACAGAGUCUCUCCAAACGUGCGCAUCCUGUCGUCUCUCUUUGUCAUCCUGUCUGUGUUUGUGGCGACCACGGUGCUGGUGAAGGUGGACGUUUCCCACUGCAAGGUGGAGUUCUUUGCGGGCACACUUGCCAGCGUGGCCAUCGUCAGUGGAGCUUCCAACGUCUUCUGUGGCAGCGUGUUUGGAAUCAGCGGCCACUUCCCCAUGAGGAUCUCUCAAGCUCUCAUAGCAGGCCAGGCCAUGGGAGGAACACUGAGUGCUUUAGCAUCAGUAGCGGACCUUGCACUGGCAGAGGACGUGACAGACAGCGCUCUGGCCUACUUCCUGACUGCAGACAUUUUCAUUCUACUCUGCAUCUUUGCAUACCUGCUUCUGCCUAAGCUGGCCUUUUCAAGACACUACAUGAUGGUCGCCCCAUACACCAUUCCAGGAGAGGGCGAUGAAGGAGCCGCAGCAUUCCACAUCCCACCAUUAAAGCCAAUCCUCAGGAAGACGUGGGUCCUUGGUCUGAGCGUCUUCUACGUGUUCUGCGUGACCAUCAUGGUGUUCCCUGCGGUGUCGUCUGGCAUCCAGUCCGUCAACAAGGACAGCGGAAGCCCAUGGACCACCACCUACUUUGUGCCCCUCACCGGUUUCCUCCUGUACAAUGUAGCAGACUUCUGUGGCAGGCAGGCUACAGCCUGGCUGCAAAUCCCAGGCCCCACUAGUCGAGUUCUACCUUCACUGGUGCUUUGCAGGUCCGCCUUGGUGCCACUCAUCAUCUACUGUAACUACCAGCCAAGAGACCACCUCCACACUGUGCUAUUCCAUCAUGAUGUGUACCCAAUGGUCUUUAACUGCCUGCUAGGUCUCUCUAAUGGCUACUUGGGUACUCUACCGAUGAUCUAUGGGCCAAAGGUGGUUCCCCGAGAGCAGGCAGAGGCCACGGGAGUGGUCAUGUCCUUCUUCCUCACUCUUGGACUCGCAGUUGGAUCCGCUCUUUCCCUUGUCAUUGUGCACGCUAUCUAAUUAUCUUAUUUUACUACACACAGGAAAGUUGCAUCAUACACGUGUGUUCCAUACUUGACUACAUGUGUUCUAAAAAAGAAAUAAGUGCUUACUUAAAGAAUUUAGACAACCGGGAUCAUUUUAACAAAUGUUGGUUUGUUCCAAAGAGCUUUCUGCAUGCUUAUAAAACAAACAAUGGGAGCUACACCCGAACACUCUGACCUCGUAUUAUAAUCAUACUAUUAAAAUGUCUCUUUCAUUGGCUUUAAGGGAAACAUGUCUCAAUCCACGACAUUUUCUAAACACUCGUCUAUCAUAAGACUUUAUUCAUCUCCACUAAAGUGUACAGUAAGUGUGCGAGCAGUGAAAUCCAUGUAUAAUAUCCACAUACAUGCAUAUUGUUCAUCAUCAAUGAUUUUUGUUCAUCUGUUGCCAAAGUGAAGCGUAGAACCACUGGAAAAAGUACGUGUACUUCCGACAUUGACCAGUUGAGGGCGUUAAAGGGCAAGAUUUGGAGGGCCAUGUUCUUGCUCUUUUCCAGACUUCAAUUUUUAACGCAGACUUAAACUCAGUAGUUUAACAGCAGGAUGCCAUGAAAUUGUACAUUGUGAUUUUUUUUUUUUUUUUUACUUCUAGACAAGAGAUGAAAUUUUAUGUCUAUAUUGAUAUACCAGUGUACUUUUUAAAUAUAUAUUAAAGUACUGGAGUCUUCAGUGUGAGACAGGGUACAAUUGUGUUUACGUCUUUGGCACUAAAUGAUUUUAUUUUAACAUAUCAAAUAAAAAUGUUCAAUGUGCUUCUUCAGGUGCGAAUUGCAUAUUAAUUUAAUAAAAUAC